UCUAAAUUACGAAAAUCCAGAAAACAAUGGAAAUUAUUAUCGGACAAAGAAAUCAACCAAUGUUUGGCAAAUAUUACAGAAACAUUUAAACAAAAGCCUCCUUUGUUUCAACGCCAACAAUAUAUAAACAUCGUCAUUUUGAUAAUAAAACUAACAUCUACAGUCUUAUUAGCACUUGGUGUUAUUAUCGUAUAUUUUCCAGACAGUCAGUUCUCUCAGAAACUUAUUUCAGGAAUGGAUGCUACCUAUGCUUGGUGGCUUCUGAAUCAUGCUUACAUCUGGCAACGAUGGAUUCGUUAUUUAACGCUACCUGUUCAACCUCUACUCGUUCAAAUUAUCGGUCACCAUCAAUCCAACUGUUUCAUCAAUAAUCCCCUCUCAUCUAAUCCGUACACUGACAGAUGCGAUCUUUGUGAGAACAUCACUGAUGUUAGACAAGAUUCACAAAUGCAGUUCUUGUCUCCUCUUCUCAUCAGAAAUGCUGGUUCCAAAAUGUGUUUUGAUGAUAUCCAACGGUUUGUCUCUCAUGAGAUCUCUCACUCUAAACAGAACACAUCAUCUUUACAUCUCUCUGUGGCUGUCUUAGAAGAAUUAUCCAAAGUGUUUAAUCCUGACAUUAAACACCUCUUAACAGACAAUGCUAAGUCACAACAUAAAUGGGUCUCCAGAGAUUACAGAAGUGGCCAUGUACUACGUCAAGUAUUUCCAUGGACAAAUUAUUUAUUGAAGAACAUAGAGAUUGGUGUUGAAAAAUUAUUGGUCAUCGAUGGAGUGAAACGACCCUGGUACAAAAUGGACAUUCUGGAAAUCUUUGAUUUAGGACCAAUAAUAUACCUACAGAGCUGUAGCGAAAAGGAAGCGAAAUUCUAUCCAAUUAACAGCUGUUCAAAUCAAUGUUCUCCUCUUCCAUCAAUCAAACUUCAAGCAUCAGAUAUUGUAAUUUGGCACUCAGCUCUAUGGGAACCUGAAUUCCACCCUGUGGCUGGCAGCAAAGAACUGAGCCUUGCAGUCCUGGCAGCUGCCAACUAAGGAGAAAAACCAAAACCAAAGGAGGUGACAUCAUAAAAUGACAUCAUUACAUAAAGCCUUCAUCUCUUGCACACUAUUUUUUUAUUUCUUUAUUGCCCACAGGGAGCUAAACAUAGAGGGGACAAACAAAGACUGACAAGG